CUUACCUGCGCCGGAAGUAUAAUUCUUAAACGCUGAUGUGUUACCUUCAUUGAGAUCUGUUACAGUUGAACUUCAAGCCUGUGUUUGGUAUAACAGUCCAUCCAAAUUGCUCAAUACUGAACAAGUCGAUGUCAAAAAAGGACCUACUUCGCGUACGUGAAAAAAGCAGCAGCACAGGGUUGAGGAACUAAUGGCGCCCAAAGGUAAGGUCGGGACUAAAGGCAAGAAGCAAAUCUACGAGGAGAAUGAGGCGACACUCAAGUUCUACACCAGAGUAAUCUUGGGAGCCAACGCGAUAUACACUGCGUUAAACCUCUUGGUCUUCUAUAGCUCUUCAACGUUUUGGACAUGGUUUGCGCUGGUGUUUGCCCUGGCAGUGUGUGUGGGCAGUUACCGCGCCAUGUCUGCCAUGGCCCAAGCAGUGUUUGGUGAGGAUGGGAGUCUGCUCGACGGUGGAAUAGAUCUGAACAUGGAGCAGGGGAUGGCAGAGCAUCUGAAAGAUGUUAUCCUGCUAACUGCUAUAUUACAAGUGCUCAGCACCAUCUCCUCCUGCUUCUGGUACCUUUGGCUGCUGGCCCCGGCCCGAGCAAUGUUCCUGCUGUGGGUGAACUUCCUAGGCCCCUGGUUUUCGGCCGAGACCCCUGGUGCAGCCCCAGAGGAGGUGAAUGAGAAGAAGCAGAGACGACAGGAGCGCAGACAGAUGAAGAGAUUCUAACUUGGCAGACUGCCGUAGUAUUUCUAUACACAGAAUGAAUUUAAGUACAGCCAGGAACUCUACAGUUAAGUUAUUCAGGAGGAACUUUUGAUGUGUACACAAAGACAUCCAGGUAUGGAUAAAGAAUUCAACUGAACCCUGUGGGUUAUCUGGUUUUCCUCUCUCCCUAUCCUUCCAAUUCUUCCUCUCCCCUCUAUCAUUAUCCUUUUUCCUCACAUCUGGAGAGGAAAUCGUCCUUGUUGGGCUGAUGAUCUUCUCACCAGUACAUGUUGUCAUAUACAGUGCCUUGCGAAAGUAUUCGGGCCCCUUGAACUUUGCGACCUUUUGCCACAUUUCAGGCUUCAAACACAAAGAUAUAAAACUGUAUUUUUUUGUGAAGAAUCAACAAGUGGGACACAAUCAUGAAGUGGAACGACAUUUAUUGGAUAUUUCAAACUUUUUUAACAAAUCAAAAACUGAAAAAUUGGGCGUGCAAAAUUAUUCAGCCCCUUUACUUUCAGUGCAGCAAACUCUCUCCAGAAGUUCAGUGAGGAUCUCUGAAUGAUCCAAUGUUGACCUAAAUGACUAAUGAUGAUAAAUACAAUCCACCUGUGUGUAAUCAAGUCUCCGUAUAAAUGCACCUGCACUGUGAUAGUCUCAGAGGUCCGUUAAAAGCGCAGAGAGCAUCAUGAAGAACAAGGAACACACCAGGCAGGUCCGAGAUACUGUUGUGAAGAAGUUUAAAGCCGGAUUUGGAUACAAAAAGAUUUCCCAAGCUUUAAACAUCCCAAGGAGCACUGUGCAAGCGAUAAUAUUGAAAUGGAAGGAGUAUCAGACCACUGCAAAUCUACCAAGACCUGGCCGUCCCUCUAAACUUUCAGCUCAUACAAGGAGAAGACUGAUCAGAGAUGCAGCCAAGAGGCCCAUGAUCACUCUGGAUGAACUGCAGAGAUCUACAGCUGAGGUGGGAGACUCUGUCCAUAGGACAACAAUCAGUCGUAUAUUGCACAAAUCUGGCCUUUAUGGAAGAGUGGCAAGAAGAAAGCCAUUUCUUAAAGAUAUCCAUAAAAAGUGUUGUUUAAAGUUUGCCACAAGCCACCUGGGAGACACACCAAACAUGUGGAAGAAGGUGCUCUGGUCAGGUGAAACCAAAAUUGAACUUUUUGGCAACAAUGCAAAACGUUAUGUUUGGCGUAAAAGCAACACAGCUCAUCACUCUGAACACACCAUCCCCGCUGUCAAACAUGGUGGUGGCAGCAUCAUGGUUUGGGCCUGCUUUUCUUCAGCAGGGACAGGGAAGAUGGUUAAAAUUGAUGGGAAGAUGGAUGGAGCCAAAUACAGGACCAUUCUGGAAGAAAACCUGAUGGAGUCUGCAAAAGACCUGAGACUGGGACGGAGAUUUGUCUUCCAACAAGACAAUGAUCCAAAACAUAAAGCAAAAUCUACAAUGGAAUGGUUCAAAAAUAAACAUAUCCAGGUGUUAGAAUGGCCAAGUCAAAGUCCAGACCUGAAUCCAAUCGAGAAUCUGUGGAAAGAACUGAAAACUGCUGUUCACAAAUGCUCUCCAUCCAACCUCACUGAGCUCGAGCUGUUUUGCAAGGAGGAAUGGGAAAAAAAUUCAGUCUCUCGAUGUGCAAAACUGAUAGACAUACCCCAAGCGACUUACAGCUGUAAUCGCAGCAAAAGGUGGCGCUACAAAGUAUUAACUUAAGGGGGCUGAAUAAUUUUGCACGCCCAAUUUUUCAGUUUUUGAUCUGUUAAAAAAGUUUGUAAUAUCCAAUAAAUGUCGUUCCACUUCAUGAUUGUGUCCCACUUGUUGUUG